CGGCGCAUACAACAACAGUGCCAUCGCCACCCCUCACCUGGAUGCCCUGGCCCGCCGCAGCCUCAUCUUCCGCAACGCCUUCACCUCCGUCAGCAGCUGCUCCCCCAGCCGGGCCAGCCUCCUCACUGGCCUGCCCCAGGUGGAUCACCGCUGUUCGGCUUUGGUUCCCGGCUGUGACACCGAGGUCACCACCUCUGCGGGAUCUGCUUCUCGUAGCCAUGCCAGAAUUUACUAAAUCGCCUUUGUGGGCACCUGCCUGUGAUCUCAGCACUGGGGAGGCAGCUCUGUGAGUUCACGGCCAGCCUGCUCCACAGAGCGAGUUCCAGGACAGCUGGGCUGCACACAGAGACGCUAUCUCUGGGCUUUAUGUUUUGAAGUUUCAGAUUUCAUUUUAAACUUACAUUGUGUGAGUGAGUGAAAUGAGCACACUGUGUGCUUCACAGUGAGUCUGGAGCUCACAGACAGCUUGGGGGAACCGGUUCUUCCCUCACUCUGGAAGAUGGCGCUCAGGGAUGGCGCUCGGGAAUCGUCAGGCUGGGCGCCUUCCCAGAUGAGCUAUCUGGCACAACCCCCGACCUUUUGGAGACGGGUCUAGCUGGGCCCAGGCUUGGCGCAGGCUCACUGCCGCUGGGCACACCCUUUCUGCUCCCUUCCCCCCUGUUGGUGUCCGCUGUCCCAGGAGGGGGAGGAUGGGGUGGAGCUCCCCUAGGGCCAGCAUCCGAAGGGUCCCGGGUGAGCCUCGGUGUCGGAGCCAGGCUGGCGGCGUCUUCCUCUGCAGCAUCAGAAUGGCAUGUACGGGCUGCAUCAGGACAUGCACCACUUCAGCUCCUUCGACAAGGUGCGGAGCCUGCCCAUGCUGCUCAGCCAGGCCGGGGUGCGCACAGGCAUCAUUGGGAAGAAGCACGUGGGCCCGCAGACGGUGUACCCCUUUGACUUUGCAUUCACUGAGGAGAACAGCUCUGUGCUGCAGGUGGGGCGGAACAUCACCAGAAUCAAGCAUUUAGUCCAGAAAUUUCUGCAGACUCGGGAUCACAGGCCUUUCUUCCUCUAUGUGGCUUUCCAUGACCCCCACCGCUGCGGCCACUCCCAGCCCCAGUACGGAGCCUUCUGUGAGAAGUUUGGCAAUGGGGAGAGUGGCAUGGGGCGCAUUCCAGACUGGACUCCCCAGACCUACAGCCCUCAGGACGUGAUGGUGCCUUACUUCGUCCCAGACACCCCAGCAGCCCGAGCAGACCUGGCGGCUCAGUACACCACCAUCGGCCGGAUGGACCAGGGGAUAGGGCUGGUGCUCCAGGAGCUGAGAGGUGCCGGUGUGCUCAAUGACACCCUCGUCAUCUUCACGUCCGACAACGGGAUUCCCUUUCCCAGCGGCAGGACCAACCUGUACUGGCCCGGCACGGCCGAACCCCUGCUGGUGUCAUCCCCAGAGCACACACAACGAUGGGGCCAGGUCAGCGAGGCCUAUGUGAGCCUUCUAGACCUCACCCCCACCAUCCUGGACUGGUUCUCCAUUCCCUACCCCAGCUACGCCAUCUUUGGCUCCAAGACGAUCCAGCUCACGGGCCGGUCCCUCCUGCCGGCGCUGGAGACAGAGCCCCCGUGGGCCACUGUCUUCAGCAGCCAGAGCCACCAUGAGGUCACCAUGAGCUACCCCAUGCGCUCCGUGCACCACCAGAACUUCCGCCUCAUUCACAACCUCAGCUUCAAGAUGCCGUUUCCCAUCGACCAGGACUUCUAUGUCUCGCCGACCUUCCAGGACAUCCUGAACCGCACCGCGGCCGGCCGGCCCACAGGCUGGUACAAGGACCUCCACCGCUACUACUACCGGGAGCGCUGGGAGCUCUAUGAUGUCAGCCGGGACCCCCGAGAGACACACAACCUGGCCGCCGACCCGCGCUUCGCUCAGGUGCUGGAGCUGCUGAGAGCUCAGCUGGUUAAGUGGCAGUGGGACACCCAUGACCCCUGGGUGUGCGCCCCUGACGGGGUGCUGGAGACGAAGCUCAUGCCUCAGUGCCAGCCUCUUCACAACGAGCUCUGACGGUCCCCGGGGCACCAGCCAGCCUCGGGGACACGAAGGGAGGGACCGGUGGAGGCAGGGUCUGAGGAGGGCCCCUCUGUCAUAUGAGGUGUCCUUCCUGCCUCCUGUGGAGGACACUGGGCAUGCGCUCUCUGUGUCGCUACCGCACCAGGAACUCUGCAGUCCUCGUGCCUGUGUUCCCUGGCCCAGGAGUUCUGGGGGAUGCUUGGGCAGGGCAGAACCCCAAGUUUUGAUGGGUGAGCUUGGAGACCUGCAGAUGCAGGGGGCUUGAAGCCCUCUGGUUUGGGGAAGCCGUGGAUGUUCUCAGGCCUGAGCGGAGCCCGGGGCUUCUGUGUGCCUCGCUGGCAGCAGGCAGACCACGCUGACUACUUUAACCGACCUUGGCCUGGAGGAAGCAUUUAGGAGGCCUUGGGCUUGCUUCUGCCUUCAGCCUACCCCUAUCAAGUGCACACUUAGCCGGGAUUCUCACUGGUUCUGAGGGGAGGAGUCUGAUCCUGUGGUCUUUCUGGGCUCGCUUGUCCUUUCUGAGGGUGCCCGUGGAGGACAGGGCGUGACAGUGCUCCGUCUCUUGCCUUUCAUUCUCUCUGAGUGACAGCAAGCAUCUGGCCCCAGCUCUCCACUUCCUCCACUUGGCCAGGGGUCAAGCAUAGCCUAGGAACCUGGAAAGAGAGGGUCCGUUCCCUCUGCCCCCAUCAACUCCAUCAUGGGAGGCGGCGAGAACCGUGGGCCCUGGCUUCAGAAAACCUCACAACAGUAUAAUAGUUCACAGAACUUCAUAGUAGCACACUGGAUCUUAGGCCCUGAGACUCAAAGACUUGUCAAAAUGACUCAGCUUAUGGCUAGGUGGUAGCUUUACCCAUGUGGGGUGUAAUGACCCCCAAGAAGGACCUGGGGUCAUGUCAGCUUGACAGUCAGUUCCUCACUCAGGGAGGGUCCAUUGGCUCUGUCCAGGACACCUACCAAAGCAACUUGGCCUUUGGGGCUGGACACAGAAGCUGUGAGUCGAAGAGCCACUGUCCUCCAACUUCCUGGGCAGUGUCUGUGGCAGCUGAGGAGAGUCAGCCACGCCCACGGCUCGCCAGAGGCUGUGCCCCUGCCCGGGCCAGGAGGACUGUUCCAGUGAGCUUCCAAGGUUCCUUUGACAUCAGAAGUGUAGAAAGAAAGGACAGUCCCCAGGAAGCUAUUCUGUUACCACAGGAGGUUGGGGCCCUGGCCCCAAGCAGGUCUCAGGAAGGGCAGCAGUGUAGCAGAAUGUCCCCCUGUCCUCCAUGAGCGCAGGCCAUGGUACGAGAAGGCGGCUCCAUCCUUUACACCUUGAUUGCCGUGAGCACCUGAGGGAGGCCCUCACCGGAAGGAAGUGGGGUGGUUUGCCGGCAGUGUUAACAGGCAGGUGGAGGCCACAGUCCGGAAGCAGGUCUGGGUUUCAGCAGGGACUCUGCUCUGUCCACACCACCUUCUUCUGCUCGUCAGCAAUGGCCAGGCGCACAGAGCUGAGCAGGCCGUCCAGGUCACUCCAGCUGUCGGGGGCCAGGCUGCUGUACAGACAGGGCACCCUGUCCAGUUCCCCCUCCUCCUGCCGGGCCGCCUCCAGGAACUGCUCCUCCGAGCUGCCCAGCCGCUGCAGGCCCUUCCUGCAGAGCAGAGAUGUUCAGCCUGAGGACAGCAAGGUAGCCGGGAAAGCGCACCAUUGGCUUUCCGGCACAGAGCCGUGUAGGCAUCCAGGCCAGGGCCUGGCGAGGACCCCGCGUGUACCCUUGGGCACCAGCAUGGGCAUCCUGUCCAGGGAAGCUGGGGCCCGGUUGCAGGUGGUCCACUAAUGGGGUGUGUAAGAGCACGUCACACUUCCCAGAGGACAGGGACGGCAGGGUGUCUGCCCCGCCAGAACCAAGUGAUGAGGUGGGGUUAGGCUUCAGAGCCUCAGGCACUGGGCAGCUUUAGUCGAGCUGGGUCAGGGGACAGGUCCUCUCCUGAGGGAGGGCAGGCUGGGCCUGUCGCCUGAGGCUGUAGGGACACAUGACUGGGACUGGAACAGAAAGCCCUGGUGUGUUCUGGAGGCACGUGCCAAGCUUUCCCACAGCUCAGCUACCUAUUUAGACCCCGCUGCCCAGCUCUCAUCCAACAGCUACCUGAGUUUCUUGGCCGUCUUCUCAUUGACAGAGACAUGGAUGAUGAUGGGGAAAAUGUCCAUUCUGUGCAGGACUCGGACGCUGUCCAGCCGGACAUCCAGCAGGGCAUGGGUGCUCUUUGGGAGGGCACAGAGAAGCAAGUUAAGCCCAUGGCCUUGGGUCUGGGAGGAAGUGAGGGGCCCUGUGCAGCUGAGCACAGGGCUGUGCAGAAGACACUCAGAGCGAGAUGUGCAUAGGACGCUCGCUGAGCAUUUUACAGGGCAGUAGCCACCUGAUCUGUCCCUGGGGAAAUCUGGAGCUGCAAGCCUUUCGCAUUGAGAUAGGUUUGGCAUGGAGUGCAAGCCUUAAGAAUCAGACAAUGUCACCCUCCAUGGUCUAUGUGUCUGUGUCUUUCCUGCUCCUUGUGGAAGUAUGAAACUUGACAGUUUGCUGAGAGCUGUAAAAUGUGACAGCCUUAAUGUCUCCAUUUAUCAAUAAACAUCUAUCACAUCCCAA